CAGGCCUCUAUUACCACCGCCAUCCAUGGGUCCAUCAUACUACACAGUCCCAUCGUGUCUUCAACUGUCAGGCGAUGCGGCGUGUGAAGAAGUCCCGAGGUGGAUGUUCGAGGUGUAAGAGUAAACGGGUGAAAUGCGGCGAAGAGAGGCCCGAGUGUCAACGCUGUGUCCGCUUGGGUGUCAAAUGCCCGGGUUACGUGCAGCCUCUUCGCUGGGUCACCAAGUACGAAACGUUCGACGGUACGAGACCCUCGCCGUCGGGGACAGAGCAGCCACAGCCAAAGUCACAGUCACAGCCAGACUUCAAUCCUGCUCCAAAGCAGUCGGAACUGGGAAGUCCGCUACUAGAUUCCCUCUUGACAUUUGACGAUGGUUCCAGUCCCGAUAUACAGUCUACGCCACAGUCAACCGGCCUGCUGGGUGCAACGGACACACUAUGCGAUAGUUUAUGGGACCUUCAAAGUAGCGGCUCACUUCCAGAGUUAGCAGAUCUUGAUGUCCCAUUGCUGUCUUCACCGACAGGAGCAUUCCCGCUUGAGCAUCAGGACCCUGUUCUCGAUUACGCGUUGCCAAUAGACGACAAUGCGGCGGCUGCCUCUUCUCUGGCAUUUUGGCAGAGAGACCCGGAUAUUCGAGAUGAUAAUAGCGUGUUUAAGGGAUUUUCUCCGUCGAAUAUCGUGCGCAGUUACCCUCCUCCGCCACAGAAGCUCCCUCGUCGGGAUUUCGUAUCAAUUCAUCAGCCUUUGAACAAUCCUUCAUGGACGCUCAUAGAGUACUAUUUCAAAGAGGUGGCUGCUUUGUUCUCGAGCUAUGACAGCCAUAUGAACCCGUUUCGUACUACUGUAUCUCGUCUCUGGGGAUCGUCGCUGGCGAUCUGCCGCGCCAUGCAGAGCAUGGCAGCAGCGACUCUUGUUAACGACUUUCCUCAGUUUGGGCCCCUUGGUUUGAAGAUGCGCAAUGAAGCUAUCAGGAUCAUCACCAGUGAAGCCGUGAUAGACGAUAAGUCACUCUUGGCACUACUCAUGCUUGGUCAGACAGCCAGCUGGCACAAUCCCAGGGACCUGGGUGUAUCCUUCUUCAAUAUGCUUAGGAAACAUCUCGAUGCCAUGUUCUCCAGUGGUCAACCCAGCAGGUCCACGCUCGAGAAGAACAACAACUAUCGGUUUUUCGAGGAGGCAUUGGUUUACUGGGAAAUGCUCCUGUCGUUUGUUGCAGACAAUGAUACGGUAGCCUCGCCUGGGAGCAGAAGGGCGUUAAUGUCGGGAAAAAGGACUCAUGAACCUGCUAUCAUUCAAAAGGUUCCGCAUCCCUGGACUGGCAUUGCCCGUGAUACGCAAUCCACAGUACAAGAGGUCGGCAGACUUGUCCGCCUCGAGAGGAAACGUGUCCACAAAAGGACCUUCACCUCGCAGGCUGACAUUGUGCAGGCCCAGAAAGCCAUUGCAAAGGCGCAGGAGCUGGAAGAACGUCUUCUAAACCUUGCACAUCCCUCGGAGGCUGAAAUCGUCAGUCCAGGCGACAACGACACCCCAGUCUGGCACCUUCUGACCAUGGCCGAAGUCUAUCGAUGUACGGGCCUUCUGCAACUGUACCGAACGUUUCCGGAUCUGCUUCGUCAACGACUGCCCUUCCGGAAACGUAGUAAGAACACUCUGCAGGAGUGUACCGACCAACCGGACCCGUUAUUUCCCUUUCUAGAUGCAGAUAUCAGUAACAACAUCAACAAUGAUAAUGACAACAACAUACUGGGAUUUAGGCUCUCCGACCUAGACGAUCCCACGAACAUUAUACACAGCCAAAUGCAAGCAGAAGCAGAAGCAGACGAAGAAGAUGAAGACGAAGACGAAGACGAGACAAAGUUCUACGAUGACUGGCUCACAAAAUUCGCCUUGACAACACUCGCCCGCUUAAGGACAAUCCCUCUCGAAUCCCGUACAAGAUGCCUUCAGCCAUUCCUCCUCGUCGCAUCUUGCAGCGAGCUACGACUUCCACAGCUACGGUCAGACGUGGAAAAUUCAAGUGGGAACGUCAACGUCCACGACGGUAUCGACUUCCACAUCGAUAUCCCCUCCGAUGCCAUCGAAGUUUCCCGGACUCGUAAAUUCGUUCUGGGCCGUCUGACGUCCUUCUUACACGUGCUGCCUCCGAAGCCUAUCGAUGUAUGUCUCCGGCUCGUGCAGGAGGUCUGGUCGCGGAUGGACCGUGGAGAGGACAAUGUGUAUUGGGUAGAUGUUAUGAUUGAGAAGGGAUGGGAGACGACUAUGGGGUAGUGUCUCUAUUUUCUUGGGCGGAACAUUUGGGUAUAUAGUAGUAUUAAUUCUGUGUUAUUAUCAUGUUGGACAGGCCGGAUAGAUAGAUCAUAUCCAUUUGUUACUCUUGCAUCAUUUCUUUGAAGCUAUCUGAAUCAACACAGGGAGAUCCGGAUAGUUAGGGCAAGCAUGGGGAGAGCAUCCACGCCAGCUAUUCCAAGAUCCAUCUAUUCUCAUUCUUAUAAACUGCAUGAAUUGUUCUUAUCUUCG